UGUAAUGUUUAGAGUAAACAAUUGUGUCCGCCUUUAACUGAAACGCACUGAGCGCUAUGCUAUUGCGUCAGUUCCUUCAUGGUACAAACAGUUGCGUAAGGAGGACGUUCAGGCUCAACCAAUGGCCGCGCCGCACUGAGUGACGUGACCCAAUCGAACAUGAUCACAAGGUUGCCAGAUCAGCAGGCGUUCCACGCAGCACGAAACCGGCUGUUUUGACGAUGAACAGAUUUAAAAUCUUAGUCACAUACGUUAUGGUACAAAAUGACAUUGAAUGUCAUUAAACAUUAAAAUAACAUUGCUAUCAAUAAACAGCCAAUUUCAGGAUUUACAAGGCUAGUAGAGUAGGAUCCGCAACCAAACUGGCAACACAAUGAGCGAGGCAAAUCUGAAUCGCUUGUAAGUGCGCUGUGCAGAUUCUGCUCCUCAGCAGCAUGCCGUCCCCGAUCCCUGUGACACGCCUUCUCCCAAGAGACUUCGGUCUCAACCUGGGCGUCUGCAGCAGCCCUCUCACCAAACAGCUAGGGCACGCGACUCUCCGUGUGCCGGUUAACGCCUUUCACGGGAAGCUCGCGUGCAGACUCUGGUCUUCUGUGAUCCACUGGCGUGAGCUCGAUGACCUGGAGCCCAUCGGCUCCGGUGGGUUUGGCUUGGUGUUCAGAGCUACGUACUUCGGAGAGACGGUGGCGGUGAAGCGUGUCAAGUGCGCCAAGAACAAACUGGCUUCGCGGCAGAGUUUCUGGGCCGAGCUGAACGCGGCGCAUCUGCGGCACGAGAACCUGGUACGCGUGAUCGCCGCCAGCACGCAGGACAAUGGCGAAGACUCCUUGGGCGCGAGCGGCGACGGCGUCAUCGGCACCAUCAUUAUGGAGUACGCUGGGGAUGUGAACCUGCAGCAGGCGAUCUACAGCGCCGCCGAGCCGCUGCGCCCCGAAUCCUGCGUGCGUUACGCAACGGACAUGGCGCGCGGCCUUUGCCACCUGCACGCCCACCGCGUCGUGCACCUGGACCUGAAACCCGCAAACGUCAUCGUGUCCCGGGCGGGCGUGUGCAAGCUGGCGGAUUUCGGAUGCUCGUUAAAAUUGGAAGUCGUGUGCGAUCGCGAUGCCUCGGCUCGCCGGAUGGAGAUCGGCGGCACGUACACGCACCGCGCGCCCGAGCUCCUCAGGGGAGAAGACGCAACACCCGGAGCGGACGUCUACUCCUUCGGUGUCACUUUCUGGCAGCUACUCACACGUGAUCCGCCGUAUGAAGGAGAGCGACAGCACAUUCUGUAUGCCGUAGUCGCCUUCAACCUGCGGCCUGAUCUAAACAAGCACGUGUUCAGUCAGCCAGAACCGGGCCGCUCGUUUAAGGAGCUCCUCAGUCGGUGCUGGAGUGCGGAACCGAGUCAAAGACCGAGCGCAGAGCAGCUGCUUGCAGAGCUCUCCGAGAUUCCACCAUGAUCACGAAAAACCCUACUCGUGUUUAAAAGAGUAGGUCUAAUAUAAACCCGACUUGUUCGACCUGAUGCACUAUUGUUAGCAGUCCCUAUCUAAAGACACAGUGGACCAUUUUUGUCAUGUUUUAAUAUGAUCUUAAAAUAUUCUUUGCAAUUACUUUUUGUCUAAUGUAAAUAAGUGUUUAGUAACUGACACUUAUAUAAAUAACUUGUUUGUAAAUGUGCAUUUGUUUUAUUUCUGUAUUUCAAAUGGAUUUGAUUAAAACGUUUCAUGUACAGUGGUCUUUUUAGAGUAUAUAACUCGGUGUAGCUAGAUCUUUUCUCUGUUGCACUUAAAACUAGUAGUUGUGUGCUAAUUGGCAUAAUGGAGUUCAUCCUGUUCCACACCUGAUCCAACUUGUCAGCUGAUGUGCUGGUCCCCACAGGGCCUGAACCCAGCGCCUCUGCAUCCUUUCUUUGUAGUUUUGAAACUCUGUGCAGUUUCCAGGUCUUACCUGCCUCUUUAUGAACAUAUUAAGACUGGUUAAAGAA